AUGUCAGGGGCACAGGGAGCACUGCCGAAGGAGUCGAAGACUGCAACAACGUACGAGUCGGUGCCAGGUGGAGAGAACAAGACCAAGACUGUCAUACAAUCAAAGGAAGAUCAGGGGAUGAUUCAGAUUGACAAGCUGCAGGACAAGGUCGUGGAUGCCGCCGGAAAAGGUGGCCCCGUCUUUGGUGCCGGCAAAGAUGAAAACAAGCAGGACCUGGGUGUUACUGGGACGGGCGGCUGAUUAAGCUCUACGUUACAUAAUACGUAUAUAUAGCCAUGGAAAAUGCAUGUAUUUAAGCUUUUUGUACGUGUAGGCUCUACUGGUGUACGUAAGUCUCUUCCUUUAAUAUAUAUUUCAAUAAAAAUCUUUUAUCUUU